AUGGAUACCGUUAUCAACAUGGCCGAUGCCGCACACGCACUGGAUCUGGCCCGAAUUCGAUUCCAACUUAUUCGCCUUGAGGACACAAUCACCUUCCAUCUGAUCGAGAGAGUGCAAUUUGCAUUGAAUGGUACGAUCUAUGUUCCUGGAGCUGUGGAAUUGCCUGAAGCGAACCUGAGCUUCCUCGACUGGUAUUUUCGCGAGCAGGAGAAGCUACAAUCCCUCAUCCGACGCUUCGAGUCACCUGACGAAUAUCCUUUCUUCCCCGAUGCAUUGCAAAACCCAAUACUCAAGCCUCUCAAUUAUCCCAAGAUCUUGCAUGAGAACAACGUCAAUGUGAACGACAAGAUCAAAAAAUUCUAUACGGAAAAGUUUCUCCCCGCAGUAUGCCCCGAUUUCGGACGCGAGGAGCGGGGUGAGUCUCAAGAAAACUACGGCUCAACCGCAACUUGCGAUAUUGCUUGUCUACAAGCUCUAUCACGACGCAUUCACUUCGGCAAGUUUGUCGCAGAGUCCAAAUUCCGGUCGGACGAGGAAAAGUAUAUUCGGCUUAUCAAGGCUGAAGAUCGGGAGGGCAUCGCUGAAUCUAUCACUAAUGCAGCAGUGGAGAAGAAGGUCCUUGAGCGACUACGACUCAAGGCUCUGACAUACGGCAAGGACCCCUCCAUCCCCGACGGGACCGAGGGAGCGGCGAAAAUCAAUGUUGACGCUGUUGUUUCAAUGUACAAGGACUUUGUUAUCCCGUUAACCAAGGAAGUCGAGGUGGAAUACUUGAUGCAAAGGCUAGAACCAAGUGCCUGA